ACGUUGUUACCUCGCUGCGCGACAGACGACAGUGACGCUUCCUAAAAGGUCACAGCUAAAACGAGGAUCAGCUUUAGGUUUAUGUCGAAGAAGACUAACUAAUGUUGCCGGCGUUUGUCGCAAGGCUUAUUAUAACUGUUUUAGGAGUUAUGCAUCCCUCCUAUAGGACAUAUAAAGCCAUAAAAAGAAAAGAUUAUCAGGAAGUGGUAACACUCGGAAUGUACUGGGUAGUUUUCAGUAUGUACAUUACAGUGGAGCUAGUCACUGAUAUUCUCUUCCAGUGGCUCCCAUUCUACUACGAAGCUAAAACUUUGUUUGUUAUCUGGCUAGUUACACCAGCCACAUCAGGAUAUAGUUUCAUUUAUCGGAAGAUUAUUCACCCUGAACUCACCAAGAGGGAAAAUGAGAUUGACGAAGCAAUUAAUAGAGCAAAGGAAAAAGGGUACUCAAAAGUCGUAGAGUUUGGUGCAAAAGGGUUAAAUUAUGCUGCUAAAGCUGUCCUCUCUGGUGCUAUGCUGGGUCAAGACUUUUUGGUUGAUCGUCUUGGAAAACGAAGUUCAAGUAUGUUCGAACUUAAUCGUCGAUCACAAGUGGGGCGUCUAAGAUUGGGUGCUGGUGACAUUCUAGAUUAUGAUGAGCCAGAUUUUGCCAGCACUUUUCGAGAGAGAACAAGUCCAGAGGAUGACCCAUUUGCACUUAACUGGCUUCAAAUGGGAUCGACAGGGUCACUAGGGCGACAUUGGAGACCGGGUUCUAAAGGUGUGGUGUACAUUUUUGUAUUCACUGUCUUUUUGUGUUAGGUGUCUUCUGAUGUGUGUCGAAUCAUUAUCACAUCUUUGUAUGUAUCUAUUCGUGCUUAAAAUCAUUUUUGUGUAUCCCUUGCAUUCUUUAACCCGACUCAUUUUAAUUUCAGUUUUAGAUACAUCGGGUAGUUAAUACUUUUCUUUAUCUAAUGCUCUUGCUUUUUUAACACUAUAUUUAGUUGAUGUGAUUAUUUGUGGAUUAAAUUAUUUUGAUUUUGGCUAUGUGUAUGAGUACUUCUUGUAUAUAGUUUCUUCUGUCUAACCAAAGGUUUUUGAUAAACAUUUUAUUCUGAUUUGCAUGUUUUGUCCUAACCACACUGUAUUUGGCACCUACUCAAGGCUAUUCUGCCAUUUUUCUGUGACAUGUGAUCUUUUUUAAUUCUUUGGGAAUGAAAACGGGCGUUUCUUACGUGUUUUGCUGUGCAAGAAAGUAGUGUUGCAUCCUCAUAGGUUCAUAAUAACCUGAAGUAAGUUGCUUAUCAUGGUUUUCGUAAAAAAUGCCCUUUCCUCUCUACCGCUUGGCAGUAAUUAUUGAACUAAUUUUCUAGUGUAAUCGCUAUUACUUCAUUCUAUCAAUUACUUGCUGGACAAAUACUACUGUGAAUUUUAACGCAUUAUUUAUGGCUCUAAUCUAAUAGUCUUAAGCUUAUUUAGCACUAUCAGUCGUGUUCACUGCUGCAGGAAAGCCAUACUAGCUGUAGGUGGGAGGAGCCUCGAAUUCAUGGCUCAUUGGCUGAAAGUCGAGUGCUUAAGUCGACGAGCCACUUCUCCACAUUAAUGUUAAUGUACGGCAAAUCAGUACAUGCAGAACCUUGAUUGAGUUAUUGUAUCCGUAUCUAGUUUUUCACUAGUUUGAUCAGACUAUUCGCACUAAUUCUCGAAGUUUUGUCUUAUUUCUCAUUGGGAAGUAUGAAGUCUAAAACAAUAAAGAUAUUAGGAGUUCACGAAGUCCAGAGUUGUAUCUCAAGCGGUUUCAGAAAGUGUGAAAUGUAUUAUUGAGAUUAACAUAACAACUGAUAUGGAUGGUCCUGGUUGUUUUUGAAACAGCUAAAAGGUGACCAGGGUAGAAUGAACAGAUGCAUGUUCCAUUUUACUGCUCUAUUUUAUAGCCUCUUUUACUACUGAUUAUAUCAUUUUUCUUUUGUUUAUCAUUUUCCUAUGGCAUUUGUUUUCUCUGUAAUAGUGUAGUGUUGUAGCAUUAAAUAAUUUGCUAUCCCGUCGUAUAUACGUUUAUGUGUGUGUGUGUGUGUGUGUGUGCGUAACCACGGUCAUAAAUUUUGUUGGUAGUCACACCAUAACCUGUUCAUUUGUCGUGUCAUCAAUGUUACCCUUCAGCACCAAUUACUGAAAAGCACAAAAUAUUUCACAAAAUCUUUCAAAAGUUCCAGGUUUGUUCUUCAUUAUGUCUUGUACAUAUGGUGUAAUCAGUAUCAUAUAGUGAAGAAUUUUCUACAUUCAUAAAAAUAUAUCUUAUAUCUGUCUAAGUCUGACAUGAGCUGCACUCUUCUCGGAUGUGAUAGGAUGUUUUAGGACUAAAAUACACAUACUUCUUGUUUAAGGAUAGCAAGCAAGGUGAUGUAAUUGUGUAAAUUUCUGUCAUCUUUCAAGGAAAAAUCGAAUAAACAAUUAUCCAGUAACAUAAAAAAUAAUUCCUGGAUUUUAUGUGGUUUCAAAAAUUACCUACCUUUCCCUUCAACGACAGGUUUUUCAAGUUUUUAAUUUAUAAUCCUUUCUUGAUUUUUCAGGUCUAAGUAAUGUACCUGAGGAUUCAGAACAUUUCAUCGAAGAGUCUCAGUCAGUUUCAUCGAACCGAUCGGUUUCGACAAGGCGUACAAAUGUUGCUCAGAACUAUUUGAGGUUAGUUGGUCGACAACAAAGCGACCGUCGUGCAACAGUGUCUUCUACCAGCUCUGUAGUCAGCUCUCCAGUUAUUACCCGUCCUCGUCUUGGAUCAUCUCCGACUUCUCCCUCAACAGAAACGUCUCUCCCACCGAAACCUCCUAGGAAAUAAUGACUAUAUUUUAACACCUAUAAAGAAUCUGCGCCACGUCGUAUGUCAACACGUCGUACUGUCCGGCCUCAAUCAGUUCCACAGUCAAUCAAAACACUGAGUGUUGGAGAUCCAACUGAUUAGUUUUGUUAUAUAUAUAUAUGUAUAUAUAUAUAAACUUAAGUGUGUGAAUCCAACAAUUGAAAUAUUUCUUCCACUUUAUGUACUAUUUGCCUGCCUUUCCUGCUGACAAAACACAAUUGAUUAGGUUUUUUUUAUUGUACAGCUGCUGCUUACCCCAGUCAUCUUGAUGAAUUUCAAGCUGUUCGCCUAGAUUCCUCUUCAAUACUGUUCAAAAGAUAGAUAGAUAGAUGGGUGCAAAUAUCUGUGUGUAUGUGGAACUAUGCAUUUUAUUUUUCAUUCUCUCUCUGUCUCUAUGUCAUUAUAUUAAACAAGCCUGUUAAUUUGUAUUUUAUAUAAAUAAAUGUCUGUUAAAAAUCUGUGUAAUACACUGUAUUCUCAAAUUUCUACAUUAUUUUUCAUCUUUUCAUAUUGUAGACGAACACACUCUGUGCACACACACACACACUACAUUGAACAUGCUUCAUGCGUAGAUUUCCCUAUUUCUUGUUCUUCUUGUUGUUGUUAUUCUUCUUCUUUGUUGGUUGUUCCUAUGUAACAGAGAAGAAUAUCCCCCUUUUUUCCUAUGAUCAAUCAACAUUUAUGUGUAAAAGAGAAAAAAAACUUUUCGUGUGUUUCUAACAAUUUGAGCUAUAUGAUAAUCAUUUAAAUAUUCUUCACACAAUGUGUAUUCUAUGAGCGAACUGAUUCAAUUAUUAUUAUUAUUUUUUUUAAUAGUCUACAGUUCGUUUGUGUAUGGGUUUUUCUUUUUUUGAAUUACCCUUUUUAGGUAUGUUAAUUAGGUGGGUCUCGUGUUGUCCAUAUUUGUGUGUGUGUGUGUGUGUAUGUGCGUGCGUAUGCCUUAAUCUGUGUACAUAAAAAAAAGAACAAUAUGCACUUUGUGCAUCUUGAGUUGUAUUAUCCUGUAAGAGUGAUAAAGCUCGCCCCAACCUCCAGCCAUCACCUUCUAAAGUAAGGUUUCUUUAAGAAAACAAACAUUGAACAAUGAACUCAAUAUAAAAAAAAGGAUAAUAUCAUCACAUAUCUACUUUAUUGUAUACAUGGUCAAAAUGCUGAAGGAAAAAAAAGAUGAUGGUGCAUAGGAACAUUUUAUUUGACAGGACUUUCCAGUUUUCUUCAUCCUUUUUGUGUCAUAUAUUAUAUGUUCAAUGUAAAAGAUAAAUAUAUACAUAUUUUUCUGUCAUAUUCUAUGGAAUAUUAAAAAUGUCAUAUGAGAUAUUGGUGUCUUCAUGUGUUUCUUUACCAGUUUUAUUCUCAUGUUGCUUAGUAUUGUGAAAUGUAG